AUGGCAUCCUCAUCUUCAUCAUGCUCGCCAUCAUCGUCAGCAGUAACAAUCCCGACGCCAGGCAAGUCUAUCCUCAAGAAACCGCCACCGCCGCAGCAACCCUUCUUCUCACUUGCCCGCCUCUCCAAGCUCCUGCCCACGCAGAACCAGCCGCAACCUGCCAGCAGCGUCGUCGACGAUGAGAAGGCGCUUAAACGAGCCCAUUUUAUUCUACCACAGCUCGUCACGGUCUACCCGAUCUCUGCACAGAACCCCCCGUAUAGUCCCAGCCUUAAGGAGGAGAAGAAGACUGUAGAACAACGGGAGGCGGAGAGAAGGAAGCGGAUAGUGAGGGGAAACUCCUUUGGACCCGACUCGGCCGAGACGGAGGACUGGUGGAGUCUCGAUAGGGUGGAAGCGUUCUACCGGGAGUGCUGCGAGGGGAGAGAGGAGACUCCCAAUCCUGCCAUUUCAGCAGCGUUCAAGAGAGCUGCGCACACGAAUCCCCGCUCGCUCGAUCUGUCCGGUGUCCAACUGAAUCUCACCGUGGCAGCAAUCCUAUCCGACGUGUUCACGAUCGAAUGGGGCUUGCGCAAGCUUGUGUUCCGCGAAUGCGAUUUAGAUGAACAUAUCCUCAAACCCAUACUUCACGCCCUCCUGAUACCUCAAUCACUCACGUUCCUUUCUGUCGCGCUAAAUCGGAGGCUCAAGGCUCCUGCGUUCAGGCUGAUCGGCGCAUAUGUCGCAAAGGCCAAAAGCCUUCAAUUCCUAGAUAUCUCGCAAAACGCGCUGGAUAAGAAGAGUGUAGAGUAUAUCGCGGCUGCGCUGCCUAUAGCGUCCAACGCGGGACUAGAAUCCAUCAAGAUGGAUGACUGCUCCUUACGCCCCGCGGCUCUGGAAGCUUUAGCCCAUGUCGUUCGGAACUCCUCCCUGAAACACAUCUCCCUGCGCCACAACCGUAUAACACAAACGGGCGCCGUCGCGCUUGCGCUGAUGAUCAAGGACUACCCCGAUGCAGUGGCCGCUAAUACCAGCUUAAGUUCCAACCCCACCUCCCCAACGUCCUCUCCCAAGAGCACCGCCUCCAGCCUGCUCUCACCGCCCGCAACACCCACGAUAUCCUCCAUGUCUCUCCCCAGCGUCUCGUCCCACCCAACGCCGCCGCCCGCACCUCGCACCGGCCCGCUCCCGCCGCCGCCCAGGCACCCCGCAGCUGCUCCCGCGGUGCCGCAGACGACGUAUACGCCCUACGUGCCCCGCUCGCGGCGCGGAGGUCCGCAGGCGCCGAGUAAAAUCAACACCAACGUCCUGCGGGACAACAACGGGAACCCGCUGUCUUCCACUGGGGAGCCUGUGCCCCUGAUCACGUCGUCCGCGCAGGGCGGCGUGACGACGCGGCAUCCGGUUGCUAGUAAUAGUGCGCAGGGUGGGCAGAACCCGAAGAAUCACCACGAUCAUGGUCCGAGCGCGGCGUUGCUGGAUAAGGUGAGGGCUCUGGAUACGUUGCCCAGGCUUGGGGCGCUACGUACGCUGGAUCUGAAGGGCAACGAUAUCCGGGGAGGCGUGAAUUAUAUUGCUCAGGUGCUCAAGCGGAACCGGACUCUGAAGGUGCUGAAUUUGAGCGAGAACAAGCUUGACGUGCAAUGUUUGGUCGUCAUAGCUGAGGCUCUUAAAUACAAUUCAUGCUUGGAGACGCUGGACUUGAGCAAGAAUCCAUGCUGCGGGCCUGGUUUAGAAGGGAUUCAAUCAUUAAGGACAGCCUUCACAUUGAACACGGCCCUGAAACGGCUCUUCCUAUCAUCUACAGGCAUGACUUCAGCAGGUGCCAUUGCAUUAGCGGAGUUCCUCCCUGAGUCCCAAUCGCUUCUGCACCUGGACCUCACCGUCAAUAAUCUCGACCUUGCGGGUGUGAUGGCGCUGAGUUCGGGCCUUAAGGCUAACCAUACCAUGCGGUGCUUAGACCUGAAUAUUCCCCCGGGCGAUGAGGAAAUGGCUAGGUGCGUAAUCUCUGAACUCAGAGACGAAGAGGCUGAACGGACCUCCAACGGAUCCGCCGCCUACUCUGGCAGCGGCAGGGGGUUGGGCAAAGGUGUAUGGGGCCUCAUUGAAGAGAGCGAGCUGGCUAAGACGAUCCGUAAGGACGAGGAGAAGAAGGUCGGAACCGACGUCCUUGUCCGAGCGUACGCGUGUAGAGCGGAGUUGGAGGAACAGCUCUCCCGCCUCUCAUCAUCAUCCAUCUCGCCAGUUUCGGAGGCCGCUUCGCAAGACGUGGACAUCGAGGUCGUCAUGAAAGUGAAGGACGUUAUGACCCCGCUUACUACCUUGAUCGAAACUACUGUGGAUCCGACACGCCUGGAGGAGCUGCUCGGCUUGAACGAUACCCUUAUGGAGCUUUUACGGCGGACUCCCAACGGGCAGCAAGCUUUGCAGGAACUGGGACUGAUCACGGGCGCUCCAGCUCAAGGUCAGACCGCCAAGGAAGUCAGCAUCACUAUUCCCAACGGGCACGCGAAUGAGGGUGGACAUGGGGAGCCUACUGAAGACGAAGAAGAGGAGGAAGCUCUGGCUACGCCCAAGAUCGACAAGGGUAAAGGUCGAGCAGAGCCCGAGCCGGAAGAGCCCGAGAAGAUACUUAGUCCGACGAAGUUCCUGAUAUCGGAGUCGGACGACGAAGACGACGACGAGGAACGUAACUUCGUAGCCGGUGAACCCGACAAUAUCGGGGCACCUUCUCCAACCGAUAGAUCGAAGAGCUGGGUCGAAGAGGAAGGUGAGAUCUUCCGCAAAGGGACCAUUCUCCUAGGCCCGGAAGAAAUGGAGGGAGAAUUUGCGGGAGAGGAACUCCGCAGAGAGCUCCUGGAAGUCGAAGUAGAAAGACCACCACCCCGCCCUAUCGUAGACGACUUCGGCAUGGAGAUACCACCGGCUGAUGGGCAUAUGUCCCCUAAACCCGGAGGCCCUGAGGAAGUAAAAGCAGCCCCGAGGCCGUACAUCCCCCGAAGGACCUCUACUUCCUCAAUGGUGUCUAUAAAGACACAAAGCCUUGUGUCACCACGUCCAGGUGCAGAGGGCGAGACAACCUCGAUCCCUGCGCCUUCCACUGCAAGCCCUGUCUCGGCUGCGUCUCCCGGGCCUGUCCCGUACCUUGCGAGACGGUCGUCUGCUCAGUCAAUUGAGACGCGGUGA